AAACAAUUGAAACUCGGGUAUUAUCACUUCAAACUUCAAAGGCAAGCGAGAGAUUAUUAUUAAAAAGUAAACACUCUUUUACACAACAAUCGCAAUCAUCUAACUAAUUACUCUUUUAAUGAUGAUUAUGCUUUUCUCUUCUUUAAGUUCCUCUUCUUCUUCUUCUUCUACGUAAUCACUCACUCUCUCUUGCAUCAUCAUAAUCCUUUGCAUGCGAUUCGGCUUUUAGCGGCGGUGAUGCUACAUUGAUCACUCGAAGUUUGAAUUUGGUUUUGUGAUGGGAUCUAAACAAGUAUCAAAGACUAGAAAUGGUGGAUUUAGCAAGUUAAAGACUGUUGAGUCCUCUGCAUCUUCAACAACCUCGUCUUCAAAACUUUAUCAAGAGGCGUCUGUAGAUAGCCAUAGCUCCCCUACUUCUUCAUCGGUUCGAAGCAAGCCUCAGUUACCACCUAAGCCUUUGCAGUCCAAAGAAAAUGUCACUGUCACUGUGCGUUUUCGUCCACUCAGUCCAAGGGAAAUCCGGAAAGGAGAGGAGAUUGCAUGGUAUGCAGAUGGGGAAACGAUAGUGCGGAAUGAGAAUAAUCAAUCAAUAGCUUAUGCCUAUGAUCGUGUUUUCGGGCCUACUACGACUACACGCAAUGUCUAUGAUGUUGCUGCUCAGCAUGUCGUUAAUGGUGCUAUGGCGGGGGUCAAUGGGACCAUUUUCGCAUAUGGAGUGACAAGCAGUGGGAAAACUCAUACAAUGCAUGGGAACCAAAGAUCUCCUGGUAUAAUACCAUUAGCCGUGAAAGAUGCUUUCAGCAUUAUACAAGAGACACCAAGGCGAGAAUUUCUCCUACGUGUUUCCUACUUUGAAAUUUAUAACGAGGUUGUCAAUGAUUUGUUGAAUCCAGCAGGACAAAAUUUGAGGAUCAGAGAAGAUGAGCAGGGAACCUAUAUUGAAGGGAUUAAAGAAGAGGUUGUUCUGUCCCCUGCUCAUGUGCUUUCUCUCAUAGCAGCUGGAGAAGAGCACCGACAUAUUGGAUCCACAAGUUUUAAUUUGCUCAGCAGCCGAAGCCAUACAAUGUUUACCCUGACUAUAGAGAGUAGUCCCUUGGGUGACAAUAAUGAAGGUGGAGCAGUACACCUCUCGCAGCUGAACCUCAUUGACCUGGCAGGUUCUGAGAGCUCAAAAGCUGAAACCAGCGGUUUAAGGCGCAAGGAAGGGUCUUAUAUAAAUAAAAGUUUGCUAACUUUAGGGACCGUAAUAUCAAAGCUUACAGAUAGAAGGGCUAGUCAUGUACCAUAUAGGGACUCUAAAUUAACCAGACUGCUUGAGUCCUCACUGAGUGGUCAUGGACGUGUAUCUCUCAUAUGUACAGUGACACCUGCAUCAAGCAACUCUGAAGAAACACACAACACAUUGAAGUUUGCUCAUCGUGCAAAGCAUAUUGAGAUUCAAGCCGCACAGAACAAGAUAAUUGAUGAGAAAUCAUUGAUCAAGAAGUACCAAUACGAGAUUCGCCAACUCAAGGAGGAGCUGGAACAGCUUAAACAAGGAAUUAAACCAGUUUCUCAGCUAAAGGAUAUCAGUGGAGAUGAUAUCGACAUUGUUCUCCUGAAGCAGAAACUAGAAGAAGAGGAAGAUGCUAAAGCAGCUCUCUUGAGUCGAAUCCAAAGGCUGACAAAACUAAUUCUCGUGUCUAAUAAAACUCCACAAACAUCGCGGUUUUCUUAUCGUGCUGAUCCUCGGAGGAGACACUCAUUCGGAGAAGAGGAGCUUGCUUACCUACCGCAUAAGAGGCGCGACUUGACAGAUGAUGAGAACCUUGAAUUGUAUGUUUCUCGUGAAGGGACUCCUGAGAUUAUAGAUGAUGCGUUUAUAGAAGAAAAGAAGACAAGGAAGCAUGGCCUACUGAACUGGUUGAAAAUUAAGAAAAAAGACAGCAGUUUGGGGGGAUCAAGCCUCAGUGACAAGUCGAGUGCAGUCAAGUCCAACAGUACACCGUCAACUCCUCAAGGAGAAGGCAGUGAUUUUCAUACAGAAUCUAGACUUUCAGAAGGCUCCGCAUUGGCAGAUCAAAUUAUAGAGACUAUGGAGAAUAGAGAAGCUCAUGAAGACAGUUUUCAUGAGAUUGAGACACCUGAGACUAGAAUAAAAAUGAUCGACCAGAUGGAAAUACUGAGGGAACAGCAAAAGACUUUAUCAGAGGAGAUGGCACAACAAUCAAGGUCUUUUAAACUGUUGUCAGAAGAGGCUGCCAAAGCCCCUCAAAAUGAAGAAAUUAAAGCAGAGAUUAUAAACCUCAAUGGCGACAUCAAGGCAAAGAACGACCAGAUUGCUACGUUGGGGAAACAAAUACUGGAUUUUGUUAUAGCAUCACAUGAUGAAUUGGAUAAAUCUGAUAUCGUGCAGGUCGAUUAUCUUUUUCAAACAUCACACAGUAGCCUUGUGCUUCUUGUUCUGACAUUUGUUUGAGGUUGGAUUUUCUCUCAUGUGAGUCGCUCUUAUCUUCAGGCUGUUUCUGAAAUGAGGGCUCAACUAAAUGAGAAAUGUUUUGAACUCGAGGUGCUGCUGAAACUCUCUCUCUUUACACAAUACUUCAGCUCUUAAUUGAUACUGCACCUAGAUGGCUUUGCUAUAUAACCUACCUGCAACUAUAUAUCUUAUUUAGCUCGAUAUGAUCUGUUAAGGAUUAGGACUCUUUUUACUCAGUAUUCAUUUAAUUUACAGGUUAAAGCUGCAGAUAAUCGUAUCAUUCAGGAACAACUCACCGAAAAGACAAGUUUCUGUGAAGAUUUGCAAGAAGAGGUUGCAAACCUAAAGCAGCAGCUCUCUGACGCCCUGGAACUGGGAGAUAUCAACUCGGUCACAUGUCACAUGCAACAAUCUUCUCAAUCGCCAAACAAAAAUGAAGAAAAAGUCAUAGAAGCACAGGCAUUUGAGAUUGAAGAGCUUAAACUGAAAGCUGCAGAACUAAGUGAACUGAAUGAACAACUAGAAAUCCGAAACAAGAAACUAGCUGAAGAGAGUUCAUAUGCGAAAGAGCUUGCUUCAGCGGCUGCUAUUGAGCUCAAGGCAUUGUCUGAGGAAAUAGCAAGACUUAUGAAUCACAACGAGAGACUAGCAGCUGAUCUGGCAGCAGUGCAGAAGAGCUCUGUUACAACACCACAGGGAAAGACAGGAAACCUGAGGAAUGGAAGAAGGGAGAGUGUUUCAAAGAGGAAAGAGCAAGAAAACUCGUUGAUGGAACUGAAGAGAGAACUGACUGUGAGCAAGGAACGUGAAGUUUCAUUCGAAGCUGCUCUCAUUGAAAAAAUUCAGAGGGAAGCCGAGCUACAAAGAACAGUAGAAGAGUCGAAACAAAGGGAAGCGUAUCUAGAGAAUGAACUUGCUAAUAUGUGGGGUCUUGUUGCCAAGUUGAGAUCCCAAGGAGCUGCUAAUUCAGGUUUGUCUGAUUCAGUAUCAGAGACAAGAAUCGAGCAUUUUGGGACUUAA